AUGCAGGCACCAAACACUCAUCCCUCCGACUCUUCUUCAGCCUUCGAUGCAGAACGAUCCAGACUCAUCACCGACAUCAAACUCGAGAUGAGCCAGGUCAUCACCAAUGUCACUAUCCUCAACAGGAACCUCGAGACCAUCAUCACCAUCGGACAGGAGUUCGAGCAGCUCGCUCAGCUCUGGAAGCACUUUCACGCGUCUACCUUCCAGCUGGCAGAGGACGAUAUCUACCAGAGUCAACAAGACGCGCAGUAA